AAGGUAGGAUAUUUUGAUAUGUGAUGUUUGGCAGUAUAUGGGGCAAAAACAAACCUUAUCGAGCAACUGAUAUGCCUCUUGCAACAGAAGGAGAUACAGUAUCAGAAGUAUCCACAGAAGGUGGAAUUGAGGAGACUAAUGAUGUAGUGAGCUCUGAACCUGUGGCCUCGGAGGACACCAAGGAGGACACCCCAACCACUGAACCAGUCCCAGAACCAGUCCCGGCACCAGAACCUGUCAGCUCAUGGUGGGACUACACUGCUAGUUACACUAACAAGCUCAAACAGUCCGCUCAGACUCUACAACAGUCUGCUCAACAGUCUGCUCAGACCCUACAACAAUCUGCCCAGCAGUUUGAUUACAAUAAACUUGGAGAAAAAAUAGGUGAGACAGUGAACAAGGAGAAGGUUACCAGUGCAACCAACAACUUGGGAUCCUAUUUCAACUCCAUGUACAAUGGCUUAAAGACAUCCGUCGAAACAAUACAGAAAGAAGGCAUCCCUUAUACCGAUGAACUCCUGAUAGAUAUUGGUAUCCAAGAUAUUCCAAUGUUAUCAGAGUUUGAUGAAGAGCAGAACCAGUUUGUCAAAAUGCAACAACGUCGUCAAGGUGCGGCUGUUCCACCAUGGGUUGGUUAUAACGAGGAGGAAAAGAUGAAGAAACAAAUACUUUCACUUUCACUGGACGAACGAAAUGUUUUGAGGGACCCUCCAGCGGGUGUAGACUUUGUGUUUGAUUUUGAGAGCAAUAUGCCCGUAGCAACCGCAAUGUUGGAAACCGAUCCUAAACUCAACGACCUCAGAUUUAAACUCGUUCCUAAAGUGAUUAAAGAAGACAAGUUUUGGAGAAACUACUUCUAUCGUGUCAGUCUUAUCAAGCACAGUUCUCAGCUCGCAUCUCUUGAUAAAAGCCCGACACCAGAAGCAGCACCAGAAGUAGCACUUCCCUCGCCCGGCCCAGACGAACCAGACUACUCCUUUUCUCCACAGGAUGAUGAGUUUAUCAGCGACCAUCUCAGUAACUAUGAGGAUGCUGCCGAAGAGGAGCUUGUACUUAACGAAGAUGAGUUGAAACAUUUGGGGCUACAGAAAGAUGGAGAUAAAGAGACGGAGACUGCUACAGCGGCAGAUGAGGAGUGGGAGGCUGAACUUGCUCGGGAACUCCAGGAUUUCGAUAUGGUAGAGGAUGUUGAUGGAAAGCUUGACGCAGGAGAUUUCGAGGCAGAGCUAGAGGAAAUGUUACAGAAUCAGUAGGGGACGACAAACGUGAACAACAGACUUUCAUACGUCAUGAUAAUCAAAGUGAACUUUUUCUAUUUGGACUUUGUAGAAAUUUGAUAGAGAAUUUCCUAGUAGAUUAUUCCAGAAACUAGCAGAUUUUACGAAUAUUGGGAGUAAUUGAAGGUACAGCUGCCACAUGACAGUGACCAGAUGAUUAAAUUGCAUGUGAGAAAUAAAGUGGACGAGAAAUUGCAACACGUCCAAUUAGCGAUGAGAUUGGGUAAUGUAGUAAUGUGUAGGCUGAUUCAUGUUCUUCCAGUAAUACUCUAGAUGAGGACCAGUACUAGCGAUCCGAUAGAGAUAUAACUCUUGAGAAUCCUUUCUAUCGGUGCAAAGAUUCCCAAUAACGUACCUCAAGCUCAGUCAUCAGUGAUAUCUUUGAUUAGAAUUGCCCUUAACGCUGAUUUUUAAGCGUCUUGACUUGUCCAGGAUAAACUUGCACUAGAUUAGUGUAAUACAUUUUUAAACCCCAAUUUUUGUUUGUGUUAACUACGCUAAAAUUGAAUGAUUACUAAAUAUACUGUAGUUUUAAAUAUUCGAGAGGAAA